AUGGACUUGGCUAUGAAGCUUCACUACAUCAAAGGGAUCUACUUUUUCAAAAGUGAUGCAGUUAAGGGGCUUACGGUGAAUGACUUCAAGAAGCCUAUGUUCCAACUGCUCCAACUAUACUUCGCCGUCUCUGGGAGAAUCCGGAGAUCCAGAACAAGCCGGCCUUUCCUCGUGUGUAAUGACGGCGGUGUAAGAACUGUGGAGGCAUGUUGUGACGAAGCCAUUGAUGAAUGGUUGGCCAUGGCUGUGGAGGAUGAUUCUGUAUUUGAUGGCCUGGCUUAUAAUCAAGCACUUGGUGAUCCUGAUCUUGGUUUCUCUCCUUUGGUCUUUGUACAGAAAUAGCAUGCUCAACACGUAUGGCCGACUAGUCCACUGUGCUUGCCUUGAAAUCCGCCGUACUUCGCCGUGAAAUCCGCCUAGCCCAACCGCCA